AAGGGAAUUUCCCCAAAUGUGGGCGUGCCUGACUCGUGGCUAAAUAGAAGUUAGCUAGGUAAACACAAGCUCAAGAAAAGAAGAGAUGAGUGAUAAAAUGGCUGCUUCUGGAGAGGACAAUCCAUUUGCAUCACUGUUCAGUUCCCCCGGUAUCGCUAAGGAGACAGCAGAGACUGCCAGGAGACAGAGAGAGUACAUAAACCACGCCCUCACCCGGGUAUUCCUCUUCACUGGUCAAGAAUCACUGGACCCCCCAUCUGGUAGACUGCCCCCCACAGUGGUGAGACUGCCGCAGCUGUGUAAAGACGAACAAGGCCUGGGUAGGACUGGGGAAUUAAACACUGAGAAUGUGGAAAAGGGACUGGCUGAACGACUGUACAUGAGUAACCCCGCCUCCACAGUCGUCACAGCUCCACCCCCUCACAGCAACGCCCCCUCACACCACCUCCACAAAGAGCUCCUCACACAAGCACACACCGUGGAGACAAAUCGACUCUUGUAUCUGGCGUACUGUUUCGCACGAGCUCAGAACGAAGCAAGUUACAGUUGCCAUGGUGAUUAUGGACUUGGAGAAGACGUCCAGACUGUAAGGUCAAAGGUCAUUGAAAUAUGCAAAGAAAAUAUUGCAAAGAUGGCAGGUGUCCUGGCCCAGAAUGAGCGGAGGACCAUUGUCCUGGAGCUGCUCUCCUCCUCUGAGCCACUGUUUAUACAGCUGCUCUUUAAGUCUCUCAACAACGAGGUGAAGAUUCCGUUGGAGUUCUUUGCUUGUGUAGCCGAGGUGUAUGAGGACAACCUCGAUGAUCUGAAGCUGAUGUUUGACGUAGCAAUGAACAAAUUGUUUGAUCAGUGCAAGCAAGUCUCUCUCUCCACCAACCUCACCAAACAGCUGGCAGCUCUCGACUUCUUCACAUCUUCCCGAGCUCUUGCCAAGGUAUUGAUCUCUUCUGUUCACUGGAUGCCCUCUCACACUGGAAUGGGUGGAAUGGGCAAACAGUUUGAGAUUGGUACGGUACUGGGACGCCUCCUCUCUCCCUCCCCCAUUCCAACGUUACCCACACAGCCAUCUGAUUUCUUCUCUCACGACCAGCUGCUCACCCGGGCUGAAGUGGACAGUACGACCGCCUCCCUGACCUCUAGUCUGGACCACCACACUCUGACCCUGUACAAGCUGUUUGACAGAAUCCUACGUGUCAGCCCUGAGGCUAAAGACUCGCUCACCCUCUGGCUAGUCGAAUGCUUCCACCAUAACCUAGACCGUGCUAAAAUGGCCGUCAGAAUGGACCCCAGGGCCACUCUAGCAGCGGCUAUGUCCACGGCUAGUGAUGGCUUCUUCUUGAAUCUGUCCUGGGUAUUAUUGAGAUUGUGCGUACCGUUCAGCAGUCAAGGGGGUGGAGCCAAGAGGAGUGCUCGCAUCGCUAGUAUUGACCCCACCUAUUGCACUGUGGCAGCCGGUACGGAGAGCAGGGUGGUGGACUUUAGGGAAGAGUCUAAACUUGUUCCAGGUUCUGAAAAGGGGGAGGAACAGACGGCACAACCCUCCAAGCAGUUCAACUUUGUCACUCACUUAUUCUUCCUCACACACAAGUGUCUCAUUCUAGGGAUGACUCAGGUGAUACACAAGUUCCAAGACGUAGCCCGUGCCAUCAGCAGACUCUACGAGACGGUACAGCUGGUGUCCAAUGGUCAGCUGAGUAGUGAGCCUGGUAGCAUGGGGCACAUCGCCACUCAGAGAUUCAAGUUAUUGCAAUCACAAGCGUUGGCCAUCAAGGCACACACGAUGCAUCCACUGCUGCUGGAGCUCUGUCUGUCCUUCUACUCCACUACUGCUCAGUGGUUGGUCCACCUCGUUACACCAGAUCAUGUGACAUCAGGUGAUCCCCUCGAAAGCAUAUUCCCGCUACCAGACAAGUGUCCUGUACAGCUGCAGUCUACGCCGGAAUGUCUUGUGGAGAACAUGGCCAACUUUGCAAUGUUCCUGAGGCAAGCGGAGACAGAUUCAUUAUUAUCAUCCACUGGUCAUGUGCAUCACCUGGUCACCUUCAUAUCCAUCUUCAUGGGGAGUUCAAAGUUCAUCCGUAACCCUCACAUACGAGCCAAGUUGACCCAGCUGCUCCACAUCAUGACACAGAAGGACUCUAAUGGAGACCACGGCCUCGUAUCAUCAUUCUCUCUCACUCAAAGAGCUCUGUUCUCAUCUCACCAGUUGGCCAGCACUCACCUCAUUGAGGCUCUGCUCAAUAUCUUCAUAGAUAUCGAGUUCACUGGAGAAUCAAUGGAGUUUGAGGAUAAGUUCCAAUACCGCCUGCCCAUGUAUGAUGUACUUGAGUACCUGUGGACCAUACCAUCGUACAGACCAAGCAUUGACAAUCUGUGUCAAGAGGUGGUCCACUCCCACGAGCUACUGGGCACACCUAUCUUCCUGAGGUUCCUCAACAUGAUCAUCAAUGACGCCACAGUGCAGCUGGACGAGGGGCUAGAGAACUUGUCCAAGAUCAAGAAAGGAGAGGAUAUGAUCGAGUCAGAGGAAUAUGGCACACUCAGUGCUGAAGAGAAGAAACAGCACGAGCAGCAGCUGACCGAGGCGAAGGCAAUGGCACGAAACAGGAACCUGUUGGGUAGUCGCACUGUACAUGCCCUCCAGUUCAUCACCAAGGAUACUCGUCAGGCAUUUGUAUCCCCCGCCCUGGUGGACAGAAUGGCAGCCAUGUUGAACUAUGUACUCAGCAAGCUAGUGGGACCAAGGUCAAGAGAGCUAAAGGUGAAGGAUUCUUCUGAAUACAAUUUUGAGCCUCGUGAGUUAGUCAGUGGAAUCAUUGACAUCUAUCUGAACCUGGGUCGAGAGGCGAUCUUCUGUGCCGCGUUGCCUAGAGACGGCCGCUCAUUCUCAAUGGACCUCUUCACUCAAGGGGAGAGAGUACUGAGGUUGCUGAACAAGUCCAACGAGAUAAUGCUUGAGUUCAGAGCACUGGCUCAGAGGGUGAGGGUCUGUCAGGAGAGACUGGAGAAGCAGGAACAAGCACUCGAGGACGCCCCUGAGGAGUUCAUUGACCCACUGACUCAAGAGCUGAUGAGUGAUCCAGUCACUCUCCCCACGUCAGGUCAUGUCAUGGACCGAUCAUCCAUCAUCAGACACUUACUGAGUGAUCUGUCGGACCCGUUCAACAGAGCUCCACUGACAGCUGACAUGUUACAACCAAACAACGAACUGAAACAAAGAAUCGAAAACUGGAAACACCAGAAACUUGCUUAAGACUGAAAUAGUGACUGUAGUUCUGUGAUCAAUUUUCUGAUAAAUUUCUUAUGCUUGUUUCAACCAUG